AUGAGGACGGUGAUAGUAUGCCCAGGCAACGGAUGUUCUGAUAUUCGAAAUUCUAACUGGUAUGGCCAGAUGCAUCAGAAAUUGACCGAGGAUCACGGAAACCCUUGCAUCUGUGAAGAUUUUCCCGACCCCUUGCACGCUCGACGAGAUCGGUGGGUUCCUUUUAUCCGAUCAUUAGCCGAGAGACAAGACAAGCCGGAAGACGUGAUAUUAGUGGGUCAUAGUUCGGGAGCUCAAGCUGCCCUUCGAUAUGCCGAGCUAUAUCCAGUGCACGCCUGCAUCUUGGUGUCGGCAACCUACACCGACUUGGGCGAUGCUCACGAAAGGGCGUCUGGAUAUUAUCCACAAACGGCCAGGCAAAAAGAUGGGGAGUUCAUCGAAACAAAUCCAUAUCUAUUUCUGGACAUGACGAAGAACUGUGCCAAUUGGCACCAGUUUCAUUCCGAUGAUGACCCAUUCAUUCCAUUGAAUGAAGCAGAACGGAUCAGAGAUGGACUAGGAUUGACUGAAAAGGACGACAACUAUCACAUGCUUCCAGGACGAUCACAUUUCUUUCGAUAUUCAUCGGAGAUUCUGGAUGUGAUUUUGCAACUGUGCUAG